AAUGUUGGACAUCGAUAAAACUCUACCAUCGCUACGAACUACUGUCCAACAGCAACAAUUUUUAAGGGAUAUUAAGUGCUCUCGAAAUUAGAUUAGAAAAUGGACUUGGAAUACGAAAGAGUGCUGAAACUCAUAUUUCCAGAUGGGGUAGCAGACAAAGACAAUCUGCGUGGCAACCCAGAGGUCUACAAUUAUUUAAAUACGCUGGGAACCUAUAAGGUAGAUCAGUUGAAGAAGGAGCAGGCCCGGCUCUCAGAUGAGGCAAGAAGUAUUUUGGAGAAAACACAGGAUUUGGCCAUAUCCAAUUACAAAACGUUUAUCGCAACAGCGGAGAAUUCACGGUCAAUUUUCCAGGAGUUUCAGAAAGCCGAGGAACAGGUGGAAACGCUAAUAGAAAAACUGCCCACGUUCAGCGGCAAAUGCGAUAAGUUUAUAAAGGACUCGGGUGAAUUGAACGAGGAUCGGCGCUUCAACUCCAUUACGCUGCAGAAAAACGCACAGCUUCUGGAAAUCCUAGAACUGCCGCAGCUAAUGGAACGCUGUAUUCGCGAGGCUCGCUACGAAGAAGCCCUCGAACUGGCCAGCUAUGUGCAAAAAUUGGGCCAUCAUCAAGGACACAUACCGGUGGUGCAUAACAUUGUGCGAGCUGUGGAGGCUCUGUGGCACACUAUGCUGGUACAAUUGGUUGCCCAACUGGUGCGCACAGACUUGCAACUUCCUAAAUGCUUGCAACUUGUCGGCUACCUGCGUCGAAUGCAAGCCUUUGGUGACAACGAGCUUAAGCUGAAAUUUCUGCAAGCUCGUAAUGCUUGGCUUACCAGAUGCCUAAAGGCAAUAUCUGCAGUUGAUGCUCAGCAGCACCUGACGAAAACAAUUGAGACGACACGUAUCAAUCUAUUUAAUAUAAUCACACAGUACCGAGCACUGUUCCCGGAAGAGGAUGACAGCAGCAAAGCAGUCGCUUUAAAUCCGUUACAGGACGUGACCUGUAAUGGGGACCGCCUUUUCCAGUCCUGGUUGCACAACAAAAUCGAUGAUUUUCUAAAGACACUCGAGUUAGAUCUGGAGCGCGGCGUCAGCUCGUUAGAAACUGUCCUGGGGCAGUGUAUGUACUUUGGUCUGUCAUUUAGCCGCGUCGGCGCGGAUUUCCGCGGUCUUAUGGCACCCAUAUUUGUGCGUGCCAUACGUAACAAAUUCGAAAAGAGCAUAGACCAGGUGAACCAGAAUUUUCAGCUGGAAUUGGAGAAGUUUACGCUCAUCAACAAAGUAACGUUGCAUACACGCAAGCAGUUAGAUCCUGCAUCUAUAACGAGUUCUGAGCAGGAAUCAUAUUCGCCGCCAGAGACUCUGUUGGACUUUUAUCCACUAGCCAUUCUCUGCAAUGGUUAUUUAAAUGCACUUAACGAUCUGCGACUUUGCGCUCCCCUUGCUCUGGCUACUGAUGUAACGCAUUGCCUACAGGAGUCCUUGCAGUUGGUCGCUGAACUUGUGCUAGUCUUUUACCGCCAAGAGCAACAAGCCUUCUCUAACAAUGAGAGGGAAACGUUCGUAAAGCUUUGUUCGUGCUUCGCCUACGAUCUGGUACCAUACAUUCAACGCUGCAUACAAGCAAUCUUUCCCCCUCAGUCGCUUACCGUACAGCUGGGUAUAAGCUUGCUUCAGCUGGAGCAGCAACAGAUUAUUUAUCUGCAGCAUUCCAUUAUACUGCAGCCUUUGAAGCAUCUCCUGCCCACCAAAGUUGAUGUGCUGCUGCAACCUGCGUCAGUCCCAGAACCAAAUACGGAAGAAACUAGCCAAACGGCUGUUGUUGCCUCAAGUUAACAUUCUACAAAAGUUUUGUUAUUAAAGUAAGCAUUUUCAAAUUCCCUUGAA